AGUACAUCGAAGAAUCGCCGCGUAUCCAGAUUUAGGCCGGGAGAGCAACGUUACCACGUAUGUAGCAACCGCGUGGGGCUCCGCCGACCUGAAGAAGCUGUAGAGGUGACUAGGAGGCGACCACACCUCUCGAUCGAGCAGCCUGAGCCAAUGCGAAGGCGCCGACCGAGCCACCAAAGCGGGACCACGUGCGAGGCACCGCAGCCCGCGCACGGAACGACGACCGCAACUACCAAAGGGACCACGUGGGUGGUACCACACCAGAGGCAGAAGGAGUGCCCAAGCGAGGGCAAUCACCACGCGCACGAGCUUCAAUCGAGAAGGCAAGUGAGCUGGCAAUUCCUAACCUAUUUACCAAAUCUCCCUACCAAAUUCAACUGUAUCGUUUAAUCACCCUACCAAUUGUAAAUUGUAAUCGUUCUUAAUCAUGGCUAAUGAAACAGAAAUUUCCAAAAGAACCAUAGAAGAGUUAGAAAUUAGGCAGUUAAAAAAUAAACGAGGUGUCUAUAAGCGAAAACUAACUAUAUUUAAGAAAUUUAUAGAAAAAAUCGACUCAAGCGCAUUGACGGCCGAAGUAAUUGUAGACAUAAGCUUAAGACUAGAUCAAUUACCAAAGUUAUACAAUGAUUUCUCUGAGAUACAGGACCGGAUCGAGACACUGUGCAGCGAGGAAGGUGACAUCGAGGCCCAAGAGGCCGAACGUGAGUCUUUCGAGGACACAUUUUACCGACUUAGCGCUAAGGGCAAGCUGCUGGCGAAAAUAGAUGACGAAUCAAUACCAAAUGACCAUAGUCCCCAAGCCCCGCAGCAGCAGCCCCUCGGUGAGUCGAUAAAGUAUCCCGAAAUUAGCCUCCCUAGCUUCGAUGGGGACCUAACACAGUGGCUGCAGUUCCGAGACACAUUUGAUGCCCUAGUCAAUCAAGCUAGCUUGGCAUCUAUUGUAAAAUAUAAAUACCUACGCAGUUGUUUACGAGACGGCGCACUUGAGGUAAUUAGUUCGCUCGAUUUCUCCGAGGAAGCGUACACGCUCGCGUGGCAGAUGCUUUGUGAACGUUACAAUAAUCCUAAACGUUUAGUUUCCAACCACAUGCGAGCCUUGUUCGACGUGGAACCUGUACCGUCAACUCCUUCGGGUCUUAGAGGUCUGUGCGAUAAUAUUUCCAAACAUUUGAGAUCUUUGCGUUCAUUAAAUGUACCUACCGAAAAUUGGGAUCUCGCAAUUAUUCACUUACUAGUUAAAAAGUUAGAUAGUCGACUGCAAUCAAAGUGGGAAAAUAGUGUUGAUUUGAGAAAAUUGCCUUCGUUGCAGGACUUCAAAACCUUCCUAAAGAACCGAGCUGACCGGCUGGAAGCGACCAGCCCAGCAGUACCAUCGGACGCACCCAGCACUUCCAAGAAGGCCAUGGUAACCACGUCCGAACCUAUUAAGGGCUCGAGUCAGCCAACUUCCUGGCGGCGCUGCGACGGUUCAUCGCCAGGAGAGGUAAACCGCAGGAGUUGGCCAUUGUGUCCCUUACCUACUUCAAAUCCUGACUAUCCUGUCCUCACGCCAGCUCACUUUUUAAUUGGAAAAGCACCAAAUUCACUUCCUGACGAAGAUUAUAACCAUAUACCAAAAAACCGAUUAACUCACUAUCAACUUUUGCAACAAAUCACCCAGGACUUCUGGCGGCGCUGGUCACGUGACUACAUCGGAACGCUGCAGGAGCGCACGAAGUGGAGGAGCGCGCGCGGCCCAAGCCUCGCAGUCGGCACCGUCGUCCUGGUACGAGAAGAGCGCCUGCCACCCUGCCGGUGGAGGCUGGGCAAGAUCGUCGCGACGCAGCCGGGCCGGGAUGGCAUCACCAGGGUAGCCAUCAUCCGAACCGCCAGAGGAGACAUCCAACUUCCAGGGCGCGAGGCAGAUGAGUGCGCUCGGUCGGCGCGCGCGCUGAGUCGGCGUCUGCGCGCGGCGCCGCUGCGCGUGCGGCUGCAGCGCGCGCUGCCGGUGCGCGCGGCGCUGCUCACCGAGAUACUCGCCGUCGUGCUCAACUACACCAUCAUACUUUUGCAGUUUAACCAUCUUUCUAGUACUAAAGUUCCAGGACGCGAGGCGGACGAGUGCGCUCGGUCGGCGCGCGCGCUGAGUCGGCGUCUGCGCGCGGCGCCGCUGCGCGUGCGACUGCAGCGCACGCUGCCGGUGCGCGCGGCGCUGCUCACCGACAUACUCGCCGUCGUCCUCAACUAUACCAUCAUUCUAUUACAAUUCAACCAUAUCAUUUAA